AUGGUCAAAAUCGAUCUGUCCGGCUUCCCAGCCAUCGAUAUCGGUGGCAUCCCCACUGAGCCUGGCAGUGCAGGACGAUUGAAGCAAAGGAUCCGUCGAAACUUGAAAGGUCAAGGAGGCAGCAGCUUCAAACUGAGUUGGACCACGACCGUUCCACGGCUCGUGCUGACCAGUGAUACCGACGAGUUCGACGAGACUAUCAUCCAGCACUUCCACGAAGAAGGCUUUCAACUUGCCUAUCUGGCCUAUACAGGCGAUCAUGCCGAUUAUGUGGCUAGAUUGCAGCACUUGCAGGAUCCAUUGGAACUCGGUGAAAAGUACGCAAUUGUAGCCUACGGAGAUGCUGCGGCAUUGGUGCUCGAAGCAUGUAUGAAGCCGAUGCCUAAAUUGGUCGGUGUCAUUGCCUAUUACCCUCCAUACAUGCCAAGAACCACCACCAGCUUCCCACCGACGCUCAACGUACAAAUCCACCUCGCGAGCUCGCAGAAAUUCGGCACUCGACAUCCCAGCUACCGGUACGACCACACGUACGAAGGAUUCGCGGAACACGAUUUGGAAGAGUACGACAAAGUGGCAGCACGACUGGCGUGGUCACGGGACAUCACGCUUCUACACCGAUCGUUCGACAUGCCCGAGUACGACUUGGAGGCGAUCUGGGAGAAUCACACGCGGCUGGAGUUCGAGGAGAAGGAUGUGGCCAAGACGCUGGGGACGAUGGUGUCGUCGCAGCCGUACGUGAACCACGUGCCGACGAUGACGGGCGGCAUCGGCCGCGACGACCUGCACCGCUUCUACUCGGAGUUCUUCAUGCCGAACAACCCGCCGUCGAUGAAGAUCCGCCUGCUGUCGCGGACGGUGGGCGCCGACCGCGUCGUCGACGAAAUGCUCGUCAAGUUCACCCACACGACCGAGAUCCCCUGGAUGCUGCCGGGCGUGCCGCCCACGGAGAAGCGUGUCGAGGUCGUGUUGGUGAGCGUGGUGUCCAUGCGUGCUGGAAGGCUCGCGCACGAACAUAUUCACUGGGACCAGGCCAGUGUAUUGGUGCAGAUUGGCCUGCUUGAUCCCGAGUUGGUUCCUAAGACGUUCAAGACGGCGGAGGAGGGCAGGGAGAAAGAGGUCAAGAGGCUUCCUGUCUGUGGGAAGGAAGCGGCGAGGAAGGUGGUGGAUGAGGAGCGAUAUGAGAGUAAUGAGUUGAUUCCUGGUUGGUCCAAGGAGUAG